UGUGAUAAGAGAACCGAGGUCUGUGGUCCAAACUCAAUCUGCAACAACACUGCUGGGAGUUACAAUUGCUCGUGUAUGAGUGGAUAUAAAGUAACAGACCCGAACUUCCCUAUAAACAUCAGUAACCCAUGCAUUGAUCUGAAUGAAUGUGAUAAGAGACCUGAGGUCUGUGGUCCAAACGCAAUCUGCAACAACACUGAUGGGAGUUACAAUUGCUUGUGUAUGAGUGGAUAUAAAGUAAAAGACCCGAACCUCCCUAUAAGCAGCAGUAACCCAUGCAGAGGUCGGAGCUGCAAAGGAAAAAUGUGCAGUUCCAUGGAUAUGAAUGCAUGUGAGGAGAUUCCUGAGGUCUGUGGUCCAAACUCAAGGUGCAAAAACACUUCUGAGAGUUAUGAUUGCUCGUGUAUGCGUGGGUAUAAUGUAAAAGACCCAACCGGUUCUAUAAGCAGCAGUAACCCAUGCAUUGAUGUGAAUGAAUGUGAUAAGACACCUGAGGUCUGCGGUCCAAACGCAAUCUGCAACAACACUGAUGGGAGUUACAAUUGCUCGUGUAUGAGUGGAUAUAAAGUAACAGACCCGAACCUCCCUAUAAACAUCAGUAACCCAUGCACAGUUAUAGUAAAACCACCAACACCACCACCAUCAACAACACCACCAUCACCACCACCAACAACAACAACACCAUCACCACCAAAAACAAUAAAACCACCAACAACACCAACUGUACAACAACUAACAGUUUUUUACAUGUCAAUGCGAAUAAACCAAACUUUUGACACCAAUCUCAUGAGCAAAACUGGAUGGAAGUACAAAUACUAUGUAAAAAACAUUAGAUCCGCAAUUGACAAAAGUUACAAGAAUUUGCAUGGUUACAAUCAAGGUUCUGUAAAAGUCACCCGCUUCAGGUCAGGUAGCAUUAUCGCAGACUACACAAUUACAGCAAACAACAGCUAUUUUGAUGUUUCAUUGGUAAACACACAGGUUUCUGACGCUCUCUUCAAAGCAGGAAUUCCUUUAGUUCAGGAUGCUUUUGCUGAAAGUGAGGAAAAAAUCCUGACAACCAAAGAUAAAUUUUAUGCUCACCAAAAUGUGGAACUGAGGUGUACGCGUCCAAAUUCUGUUGCGGGAACAAUGAAAUGGAGAGUGAAUGACAAAGAUCCUGCAGAAAACAGUGCAAAAUACACCAUUACAAAUGAGAAUAGCACUCUUAUUGUGAAUGACGCCAGUGAAAGUGACACUGGUAGAUAUUCAUGUAUCAUAGAAAGGUCCACAAUACCUUACAUUCAGUGGCAAACAGUAUCUAUUCAACCACAGCCUAAUAUCAUAGUGGACCCAACUGCAAUAAAGUUUCAGUGUAAAGACCAGACUGUUCCAUUAGAAUGCUGUGCAGAUGGUUACCCAAUUGAGUGGGCCUGGACUCCUCCUGGUGAUGAAGUGAAAAUUUCAGGAUCUAGAUGCAUCACAUUACAACAUAAAAUUUUAAGCACAGAUUGUGGUGGAAAUGCAAUCUUCACAUGUCAACUAAAGAAAAUGACAGGAUUACAAACAUCUCAAUAUAGUGGGAGCAGAAUCCAAGUUCAGACAGUUAGAGAGUAUAACUGUACAAAUGACACACUUGGAGUUGGAAAAAUAGGGGACAUUGUUACGGGCCUGUGUGAGAAAGACCUGGAAGGCCUCAUAACUUACGAAUGUAAACCAAUAUCAGAUCUCAAAUAUGACUGGAUACCUAUACAGAGAGAUUGUGUUGUUCAAGCUAUCAAAGAUCUUGAAAGGAAAGCUGAGGUUUUAUUUGUGGAGGAGAUUCCAGUGUUUAUGGCAGACCUCAGUAAUGCUACAGAGCAAAAUCAUAUUGAGAUAACACAAUCUGCUGACACGGUCCAAACAAUUGUUGACAUACUCUACAAAAUUGCUAGUAUCUCUCACACUAUUACCAUCAGUCAACCUGUGAUGGAGGAUUUUCUUAAAACAGUGGACAUCAUUGUAUCAGAUGAAUUUAAAAACACAUGGGAAAAAUUGAACAAUGGUAACACAACAGGAAAUAAAAGUACCAAACUUCUGCAAGCUAUUGAAACUAUAAGUGAUUGUCUUUCCAGUGACAGUUUUGUUAUUAGUCAAUCCUCCAUUCAGUUAACUAGAACAACAAUGGAAAACUCAUUUACUGCAACAUCUCUACUACCAAGCUCAACGACUCAGAUUAUGAUACCAAAUGUUGAACCGACCCUCAUAACCAUUAUUAUCUUCACAAAACUUGACAAUGUUUUACCAACUCGAAAUACUUCUAAUAAUGACAACAAGACAUCAGAAAACAGCAUCAAUGGAGAUGUGGUAAUAAUAAAGGUUCAUGAAAAUAUUAACAAUAUUUCAUUUACUUUUGACAUUACAAAUACAUUAUUGAAAAAUCCUCAGUGUGUCUUUUGGAACUUUGAUCUCGAUCACUGGGAUCCCACCGGAUGUAAAGUCAAGCCUUCAGGGAUGGACAUGGUUACAUGUGAAUGCAACCACACAACCUCUUUUUCAAUCCUGAUGUCACCAGCUCCAAUUGAUAACCCAGCCUUAGACUAUAUCACAUACAUUGGUGUAGCUAUUUCAAUGGCCAGCUUGGUUUUAUGUCUCAUUAUUGAGGCGAUCGUAUGGAAGUCAGUCACAGGAAAUGACACGUCAUACAUGCGUCACACUUCAAUAGUCAACGUCGCUGUGUCACUGUUGAUCACAGACAUCUGGUUUAUCAUCGGAGCUGCAACUGCAAAUCCAGGACAACCUACACCAGUGAAUCCCUGCAGUGCAGUGGUUUUCUUUAUUCACUUUUUUUACCUGGCUCUUUUCUUCUGGAUGUUCAUUUCAGCACUUUUGCUCUUAAACCACACUACCAUGGCUUCAUCUCAAAUAUCCAGGACUAAAAUGAUGUCCAUUGCCUUCACAGUUGGUUAUUGUGCACCUUUUCUCAUAGCAGUUAUUACCGUCGCAUCCACAGCUGGAGCUGGUAGAUAUAUUUGGACGAGAGAUGCAUGUUGGCUGAACUGGUUUGAAUCUAAGGCCCUGCUGGCUUUUGUGAUUCCAGCUCUAACCAUUGUUGCCUUUAACCUCCUGGUUUAUAUUGUGGUUGUGCCUAAGAAAUUACGGAGAGGAGUUGGUGCUCAAUCAAAUGAGAGACAUACUCUUGUGGUCAUUCGACGAUGUCUGGUCAUUCUGACUCCUAUCUUUGGUCUAACAUGGGGAUUUGGCAUUGGAACCAUGGUGUCAUCUAACUUUGGCAUUCAUGUGGUGUUUGCAAUCCUCAAUUCACUGCAGGGUUUCUUUGUUUUGGUGUUUGGGACGCUUUUAGACCGAAAGGUUCAAGAGUCACUGCCAGCAAAGCUGUUCAAGAAAUACUCCGGGGUCAUUAAUAAUGCCAUGGAGAAAAAUGAUCUAGUUCUACAUCUGAGGCUUCCAGUGGAUCAGAUACAGAUACCUUCAUGAAUGAAUGAUUAACUACAGUAUUAACUCCGGGCAACAGUCUCAAGAAGUAAAAUUACUGUUACAUAUCCUAUACAAGAUGCUGGGAUUUGUGCUUGCUGGGGCGCCUACUGGCAGACAAUGGGACUGCAAUACUUUGACAUUAACGAGAGAUUUCCUGGUUUUUAAAUAAAUGUGAAAUAUUUUAGCCUUAAGUUACUCAGUCUACCCAGUAAAAUGUUCAGACAAGCAAAAUAAGAAAAUAUGAAAUUGCCUCUGGUCUGCCCCGCCCCCAAACUCUGCCUAUAUGGAAUGAACCUCCAGAAGACACUUAAAAAAGGAAUAGAUGGAUGGAUUUCUAAAAUGGAAUACAUUUUUAAAAAAUGUACAAUAUAUGUUGUUGUUGUUAACAGUAUGUUUAUAGUUAAUACACACACCUUAAAUUCAAUAUGGUGCUUAUAGUGAAGCAUAUUGUCACAGUAGUGUGUCACAAUAUAGUUCAAUAUAUACUAAAUGUAUGUCAGUGUGAUUUAUAUUGUUCUUGUUUUUUUGUGUUAAACUUUUUUAGAGUUUUAGUUUGGAUGCUAAAAUUGACCAACAACAGAUCCUGCUCUAAAAGAAUAUAUUUUGAAUAGAUGUUUGAAUGACGUGGCAUGAUAAAAAAAUUUGAAAAAUAUUUGCUAUCCCCAU